CGCUGCAUACUCUGGCUGCUGUCUGUUUUAUUUUUGGUUUUGUUUUGGAACCGGAAAAAUGUCUGAUCAGGGGGCUCAGCAGCAGCCACAGGUGGAAGUGGUGAUGAAGGUGGAAGGUGAACAGCCUUCGACCUCCACUCCUCCUCCCCCACCUCUGACUGCUACUCAGCGGUUGAAGAAGGAGCUGGAAGAACAGCUGCGUCAGCAACAGGCCAGACUUGCAGAAGUGGAACGGCAGGAGGCAACUGAACUAGAGGCUGCAACAGAUCAUUCCAGGAGGGAAUAUCUGUUGCAGCAGCUAGGCAAGGCGCUCACAGAUGAUCGUUGUUCCCAGAUCACCCAGCAUAUGGCAGAGAUGAUUCUGUUGGAGCACAAGAUCACCAGCUCCCAGUUCACAAACUGGGAUGAUCGCUUUGUGAGACUGAAGCGUCUGGUUGACGAGCUGUCAGCUCAGCAGUCCAAGAUCCUGGACUCUAUCCAGAACUUGACUGCUCAACUGACAACCUCCAAGCUGAUUACUCCUCAGCCCCCUCUGCUGAAACCCAAACCAUCUCCUCCUCCUUCAUCCCCUUCCUCACCACCUGCAUCCCAUGCUGGUUCUGUACAUUCUUCCCGAUCAUCUACCCCUUCCCAUAAGGCCUCAGGAAAGGCCACCUAUGCUGUUGUGACUGCAGGAGACCAAAGAGGUCCCAAGAUCCCUGCUCCCAACAAGUUCAGGGGCGAUGACCCCAAGACCGAUGUUGGGGACUGGGUUGCUGGGACCAGAGCCUACUUGAGGGGCUUUGUUUGUGCAGAACAGACCAAGGUGGCGACUGUACUGGGACUGCUGGUAGGGCCUGGACUGAAGUGGGCCACUUCAACUUCCAGCAGUCUGCAGCAGUCCAUGGAGGACUGGGCUUUUGGGCUUGGGGUAGACAAGCUUCUGCAAGCCCUGGAGGACCUAUUUGCAGACAAGGAGCGGGCUCGCAAGGCUGCUAACAGGAUUGUUCGCCUGGGACAGCAGCGGUACAGCGGCACCCUGCAGGCCUUGUUUGCUGAGUUCGAGCAGCUUACCUCCACCCCUGGGUUGGUCAUGUCUUCUGAGAAUUUGUCGACCAACUUCUGCAGGGCAGCGCCUGAGAAGUUUGAUGUUGCAUUGUAUAGCGUUGGGCACAAGGACUGGAGGUCCUUUGGCCGUGCAACCCUGGAAAUGGAGGCCAAACUCCAUGUCCAGGCCCCAUCCUCUGAUAGGAGGAAAGGUGCCUUCCCCAGAGGUGGCAAAAGGGGAAAGGCAGUCUUCAUUCAUGCGGAGUCUGCCUCAGAAUCAGAUUCCGAUUCCCAGCCUGAUGCACCUUCAGGUGGGACCGGAUCUGCUGCUGAGACAGAUGUUGCAACAGUCGUGACUCAGGCUGUUUUGGGAGCUCUGCAGCUGCAGAAGAAGUUCUCUCCCACCACAGCCUCAACCAAUGCAAAGGGGAAGGAUCAGGGACGUCGGCCUUCCUCUUCUCAGCGCCCUAACCUGCCCAAAGACGUCCAUAUACCAGUUGAACCUCUCAAUCCAUCCACACUCCCUUGGCAUGACCUCAAGAUCCAGGAGGGAGUCUGGAGAAGAAGAAAGGAAAGAGGGGUCUGCUUGAGGUCACCCAGCACUUAUGAAUUUGGUGCACCUGUUCUCUUUGUGCCCAAAGGGAACGACGAGUUCAGAAUGUGCAUUGAUUACAGGGGUCUCAAUAAGAUUACUAGGAAGAGUACUGAGCCACUUCCUAGGAUCGAUGACCUCCUGGACAUGGUGCAGGGUUGCACAGUGUUCAACAAAGUCGACCUCAAAUCUGACUACCACCAGAUUGAGAUGGCAGAGGAGGACGUCUAUAAGACAACCUUCAAGACCAGGUAUGGGACUUACGAGUUCCUGGUCAUGCCAUUCGGACUUUGCAACGCCCCAGGCACCUUCCAGACAGAGAUGCACCGCAUCUUCAGGCCUUACCUGGACAAGUUUAUGGUUGUCUACUUGGAUGAUAUCCUGGUAUUCAGCAAAACUGCCAGGGAACAUGCGGAGCACUUGGCUCUUGUCUUUCAGUCGUUACGUGACAGCCAGUAUAAGAUCAAUAGAGAGAAAUUCUCCUUUGGAGUUCCCUCUGUUAUCUAUCUGGGUCAUGUAAUCUCUCGAGAUGGCAUGGCUCCUGAAGCAGCCAAGAUUGCUGCUAUUCAGGAGUGGCCUCAGCCUCAGACAGUAAGGGACGUUAGGUCCUUCAUGGGUUUAGCCUCCUACUACAGAAAGUUUGUCAGAAACUUUUCUACAGUGGUUGCACCCCUGACUAACCUAACAAAGAAGGACACUCCCUUCCUUUGGUCCCUCCACUGUCAGUUGGCCUUCACACGACUCAAGAAGGCCUUGACUCGUGCACCUGUACUGAAGUUACCUGACCCGACUUUGCCAUUCAUCCUGACCACUGACGCCAGUCAGUAUGGCAUUGGGGCAGUUCUUCAGCACGAUGAUGGGAAUGGUCUACGACCGGUAGAGUUUAUGAGUAAGAAGAUCAAGACUCAAAAGCUCAAGGACUCCACCUACGAGAAAGAGCUAUAUGCUUUUGUCUGUGCCCUGAAACAUUGGAAACACUUUCUCCUGGGCAGGAACUUCAAGAUCUUUUCAUAUCACUCCACCCUCCAGUGGAUGAAGUCCCAGGGAGAGUUGAAUGAUAAGUUGGCACGGUACAUUCAGUUCAUUGACAUGUUUGACUUUAAACUGAAGCAUAAGAAGGGCUGCUACAACAAAGUAGCAGAUACCCUCUCUCGUAAGCCUGACUCUUUUGCGCUGAUCUCCUCUACUCACUCCUUUGGAGAGGAGACCCGUCAGACUAUUGCUCGUCUACUGCCUCAGGACGAGACUUUCGGACCCAUUGUCAGGAAUCUGCAAGCAGAUCCUAACUCUCAACCAGGAUAUGCUAUGAGUUCAGACCUGCUGUAUACCUGCAGCAGAGGUGAGGAGCGCUUGUGCAUUCCCCAGGACCAGCAGCUCAGGACACUGCUGAUGUUAGAGUGUCACGACGCCCGUGGACAUUUCGGGUUCCUAAAGUCUUAUGCAGCCAUGUCGCAGCGCUUCUUCUGGAAAGAGAUGCGGAGUGAUAUGCUGUGUUAUGUGGACACCUGUGAGUUUUGCCAAAGGAACAAGGUUCAACGUAAACCUCCUUUGGGACUGCUCAAACCCUUACCCAUACCUGAUGGCCGUGCUUAAUCUGUGCCGAUAGACUUCACAGAUUUAGGCAAGACCACCCCUCGUGGCAUGCGUCAGGUUAUGGUCUGCAUGGACAGGUUCUCCAAAUACACAGAG